AGUAAAUACUUUUGAGUAGACUUAUUGACUUAGAAUAGUUCAGGUUUCUGUAGCUUCAGUCUGUUACACAACAGCUACUGACUCCAUUCGAGGUGAUCAGAUAUAAGGAUGGAUGAGCCGAACGCUCAGUCGAGUACAGAAGUGGUUCAUUCUUCCUCAGAUGUAAACAAAGCAGAUGAAACGACACAGAGUAAACCGUUAACACCAUUCAUGCUGGCCAAAAUCGAAAGGAACAGACAGCGAGCACUGAUGCUAAGACAGGCCCGACUCGCCAACAGACCAACACCUGGAGAAGGUGGCACUGCAGCCAAAGUAUCAAAAACCAUUGAUUCUGGAGCCGGGUUCUUUAUUGAGGAGGAAGAGGAGAAAGAUGAUCAGCGGGCGGCAAAAGUGGUGCAUGAACCAGCACCAGUUAUGGAGCCGGAUUAUCUGUUGUGUGAGGAGUGUUCGAGGCCGUUUAUGGACUCGUACCUCAGCAACAGCUUCGACCUCUCAGUGUGUGAUAAAUGCAGGGACAAUGAGGUGAAACAUCGACUGAUCUCGCGUACUGAAGCCAAGCAGCAAUACCUGUUGAAGGAUUGCGAUCUGGAUAAACGAGAGCCUCCGCUACGUUUCGUCCUGAAGAAAAAUCCUCACAACCCACGCUGGGGCGACAUGAAACUCUACCUAAAAUCACAGGUGGUGAAACGCUCUCUGGAGGUUUGGGGCACCGAGGAGGCCCUGGAGGAGGCGAAGGAGUCUAGAGAGGAGAACAAAGAGGUGCAAAAACAAAAACGCUUUAACAAGAAGGUUAAAGAGUUGCGGAAAGCUGUUAGGAGCAGCAUGUUCAAGAAGGACACCAGCGUUCACCAGCAUGAAUAUGGACCAGAAGAACUGGUGGAUGAAGACGAGGACCAGUACAGGAAAGUGUGUAAGACCUGUGGACACCAGCUCACCUACGAGAAGAUGUAGCUCCACUCUUCUCUCUCCUCUUCUCAGCUCUUCUCAGGUGCUUUGACCAACCAUUUGACCUCCUGGAACCCAUUUGACCUCCACCCGUCAUUGGACACCCAGCCAGGUUGAUAGCACAGCAGAGAUUUGAGUUGGAAAUCUUAGUGAUGGUGAGGAGGCUUUCUGAAGAACAAAACAGUUCUAUGGAAAAAGCUACAAAGCCACAGCAAACAAAACAUCUCAUGUAGUAUUAUUGGUUCCAUACUUCACACGUGGAAAACUGAAGGCUCUGGACUCAGGUACUGGACUAGUAAUGAAAAGUUUGCUGGUUCAAGCCCCACCACUGCCAGGUUGCCACUCUUGGGCCCUUGAGCCAGGCCCUUAACCCUCAAUGGCUUAGACCAUAUACUCUCACAGUACUGUAAGUGGCUUUGAAUAAAAGCGUCUGCUAAUUGCUGAAAAUGUAAAUUUGGAAUUGUGUUGAAAUAUGUGUAAGUAUAUUUUUUUAGCUUAUCUGAAGGACCCUUGUAACCUUGGAAAAUUAAAUAUGGUCUGUUAAAAGAAAAUAGGUCAAAGUAGAGCUGAUUAGUUCUUACCGUAGGUGUCUGGAAGCUGUGUAACUACCAAUAAAUGUUUUGCAAAAAAGUAUGAAUGUUAUAAAUGUUGUCUGAAUAUUUUUUUUUUCUUUACUUUUGAAUGCAAUAAAGGAUUUUGUAUUUUGAAUUUAUAUAUGACAU